GUCGCCAAGCCGCACGAUGCUUCCGGCCUCACCAUUGAAGCAUGGGCCCAAGGCUACAUGUGUGGUUCUCUGAUCAUCAUGGCAUGCGUUGCGUUCGCCAACAUGAGGAGGCAUGUCUUGCUGCACAAAUUGAUUGUCUUGGAGUUGCUACUUGGAACAUUGCAUGGAACCUUUAUAUUCACCAAUCCUCCCGUCUACAACUGGUAUCUCAGCGCGACCGCAAUCUUCCUCAAUGCCAGCUGGAGUCUACACAAUGUCAUUGCCUGGAUUAAAAACAAACCGUUUCUCGGCAAGAAGGCCAGCCUGUUCUACAUCGGCACUGUCAUCCUUGUCCAGCCAUAUUGGCUUCUCGAGAUUGUCGCAAAUUUCCUGUACUUCAGCGGCAAGAGCAGGCUCUUCACUACCACGAGACCCUACGAAGCUCUCUUCCGAGACCCCUGGUGGAUCUUCACAACCUGGAAUCUGUUCUGGAACAUCAAGAGUCGAUAUGAGUUCGGCUACUUGGAGCUUGUCCGGGUCUCCCCACGAUUUGGUGUUUUAAUGGCAUCCAUGAUCCUCAGCAUUUGUUUCAUCAUCGUCGACAUACUCGCCGUCACCCAUGCCCUUCCAGAGUCUGGUCUACCCGAUGGCAUCAAUCCUUUUUGGAAGCUCUCCUUCGUCUUCAAAUGUCUCACCGACAUGAUCGUGCUCGACGACUUCAAGACGGCCCUUGAUCGAUUGAAGGAAUACAAGCUC